UUAGAGCAAAUAGAGUGAAAGCGAGGAGGGUGGCUUGUGCAUGAGUGAGGGAUGAGUGGGGAGGGAGGAAAAGAGAGAAGGGGUAGAUAUUAACACAUACCACGUCACAGCAGCAGAUUGCAGGCAGAACGUCAGAGCAGAGAGGAUAUAGACGCAUAGAACCAAAGCCAACACUAUCAUUAGACACUGAAUCAGGAGUACAGCAUCGGAUAAAGUUCUACCUGAAGCUGGAGACAUACACUGUGUGUGGAAGAAAGGCUGUGCAUGUGAACACAGAGAACAGCCCUGGAUAAGUGUGUUGUUAAUGAGAAGAGUUGGGGAGAAUGAGUCUUGACCCUGUUCAGGUCAUGAAGGUGCAAGACCCUAUGCCCAGCACCUGCCCGUCAGCCUCAAACGGUGAUAGCCAAGCAUCCUGGGACGACAGCAAGGAUAUCCAUGAAAAUGUAGAUUCUACAAAGAAGCCCAAAUCAGGACCUGUGAGACGGACCAGGAAGGUGGAGGGAGGCAUAUUCUUUCCCAAACCAGAGAAUGCGGUCACCAUUGCUGUGUCAUCGCGGGUUCUGUUCCGCACAGAGAAAGAGCAGAAGGUGUUUGAGCAGAAAGGCAUAGAGGAGUACCUCAGGUAUCAGGUGGAGCACGAAAAUGAGCCCUUUGCUCCGGGCCCAGCAUUCCCAUUUGUUAAGGCACUGGAGGCAGUAAACAGCCGCCUGCGGGAGCUCUAUCCAGACAGCGAGGAGCUGUUUGAUAUUGUGCUGGUAACCUACAACCAUGCUCAUGUAGGCAUCAGACUCAUCAACACCAUCAACUACCACAUCACUUCCUGCUCAGCUCCCUGCAGUGCCCCAGCUGGACUGGUUUUGUUCGUUUCGGUGGCUGAAUGAAGAGAAAACAAACAUCUCUCCAUCCUUUGGCCUCUCUUUGGACAAAACAACAAAUAUGCGGAUAUGAACUGAUGUUUCAAGAAACAUUUGAAGGCAGAAGCCUGAACCAUGAAAAUAUUAGAUGUUUGUUAGAUGAUAAAAGUGAAUGUAAUGCCGCAAUAGUUCCUAAAUCCACCACGACAAAGAAGAAAGAAAAAAUAAUACGAAGAAUGGGGUGUGUGUGUGUUGGUGGGCUUUCGAAACAAGAGCCAAUCAUAUUUCAAGAAGGAUAAUUUGAUCUAAAGUAUCAAGAUUGUUGAAAAUGUCUCUCAUGAUUCUUUGCUAAUCUCACUAGAGAACAAUAACCCUACUAGCCUGUAGAUUCAGACACAUUAAUAUAUGUAUUAAAACAUAUAAAAGAGUUAUUCGAUUUAGGUUAAACUCAAAUCUGACUCCAUUUUAUUAUCUGACUCCAUUUUAGUAUGACCUUGAAUUUAGUUUGAAAGCCAAAUUGGUUGAUUGUCUGUCUCUAAUUAGGGCCCGAGCACCGAGGUGCGAGGACCCUCU